AUGUUUGUAAAGAUUAGAGAAAGAGUUUUAAUUUAUGUAGAAAUGAAAGUUUGUUAAGAUAAUAUAUUUACACUAAUUGAUUGCUUUUUGAAAGUUUAAGAUAAUGUUUUUAUUUAUUUGCUUAGUCAAAGGAAUAACAAAUCUAACUAAUACUUUUAGAUGGUUUUUGACAUUGCUCAAGCAGGUUAAUAUGUGAAGAUUAUCUUAAAUUCUGAUUAAUUUCAUAAGAUAGUAUCCAAAAUAAUUGCUUUAAGAAAAUUCAUUAAAAAAUCAACUUUUCACAUCCUUUUUUUCUCUAUUGCCAAACCUUCAUCUGAAAUAAUUUGA